GGCUCCAAAAUCAUCGUUUCAUAUUCCAAGACAGUGUGAUGAUUUCCUUACAUUACCAACAUCCCAUCAAUCAAGUUUAAAUCUCUUUCCAUUUCCUUCGUCUUCUUUUCAAACGGUAAUAUUCCUCCAUUUUCCCACCCUGUUUUGCCUCUGCUUCAAUGGCGAUUCCCCACCCUUCACCCACCACCAAAACCCCUUUGUCUUCCAAGUGGAAGCAGACGAAAACAGUGAUUAAGAAAAGAUUGCAGAAAAAAGCUACGAAUGUUAAGCAGAGGGAUAAGAAAGUGAGUUUUGAUCUUGCAUCCAACUUAAUAGUAAGCUAUGACCCGAAGUCAGCUAAUUUGGCCCGAGCCCCUGAUUCAAAGGCCAAGUCAGCAGCUAUUGAGCGGGCCAACGAGGUUCAAGCAAGCCUACCAUCUGAAAUACCUAGUUUUGUUAAACCUAUGCUCCCAUCACAUGUUACUGGUGGCUUUUGGCUUGGAUUUCCCAAGAAAUUCUGUGAUGCACAUAUGCCAAAACAAGAUGAAACGGUUGUGUUACUGGAUGAAAACGACCAAGAAUUUAACACAAAGUUUCUUGUUGAGAAAACUGGAUUAAGUGGCGGCUGGAGAGGGUUUUCUAUUGCUCAUAAUUUGCUUGAAGGAGAUGCUCUAGUUUUUCAGUUGGUUGACCGUUGGAAAUUUAAGGUCUACGUUGUACGGGUUAAUUGUGUAAAUGAAGUUGAUGGAGCUCUUGCCCUUCUAAGUUUAGUUCCUUGUGGCAUUAAAAAUAAUUCGAAGAAAAUCCAAAAUGCUAAAGAAAUGGAUAUCGAUUUACCUGAACAACGUAUACAAGAAAACAGUUUAGUUGUGCGAUCUGAUCAAUCAUCCGAUGACAGUUAUUAUUCAGAUUCACCAGUUUCCGAAGGACUCAGAUUCUCACAAUCUGUUCUCCAGUUCAAGGAAAUCAAGAACAUUGACGAUUUCAGUAUCGUUGUGGACGAUUUAGUCAUAGAUUCUUUGAUACCGAAACAUUUUCAAGUCAAAUACUAUGAUUUAUGUCACAGUCAGAAGACGUAUCUUCAUGAAAACCUCUUGAAAGGUCUCAAUGUAAAACUAGCAGCCGGGGUAAUUCUUGAAACCGUUACAAUCGCUGAUGCAAUCAGAGCUUGUAAAGUCGGCGUUACUCGUGAUGAUUUUGACAUAUGGGAUAGAACCCUUAAAGCCUUUGAAGAGAUGGGUAUGAAAGUCGGGUUUUUAAGAGGUCGGAUUAGUAAGCUUGUCGGGCUUUUGUUUGACUCGAACAAGCUUUUGGAAGCAAAAAAGAUUGAGCAAGUGAAGGCAGAAGAUGAGAUGAGAAUCAUGAGUGAAAAGCUCUGUGGGAUUAAAGAUGUGAUGAAGAAUCUUGAUGCUGAGAUUGAAACUCUAAAGCUAACAGGAAAGAAUCUUGAAUUAGUCUUUUGUAGAGAGGCUAAUGCACCUUGGUGACAUUAACUUUUUGUGGGAAUGGUUCAAAUUUUGGCAUACACGGCUCGCAUGAUGAUGACGUGGCAUUUUGGCGAUGACGUGGAUCGUAGCAUGUACAUUAGGAUGGGACUAUGAAUGGUGCAAGUGUUGUAUGGUUGUAAUAUAACAUGUAAUUGCAACUUGUUAUCUCAAAGUUGGUUAUCCUUGUUUAAAUGCUUAUUAUGUUUCUAUCU